UCACACGUCACAGUCGUUGUUUUCAACAGGAUAUCUGUUGUUUUAGCAUUUCAAACCCAAUGAACGCCUUUCAGUCAAAUGUGCUUGUGAGAUGUUUGUGCUGUCAUCCAUCCUCUUUAAAAAAUAAAUGCAAUGCUGAGACGGCUAAUUCAUUGCAGUGGCAUCCAGACAGUUUUAAGUUUGUUGUUCUACUUGACUUUCUACAUUCAAAGUGUUUUUACGGGCUAAAGACACUAUAGGUAUUAAGUGUGGUGUAUUUAUAGACAGACAGAGAGAGAUUUGUUGUGUCUCUCCAGUCCUCCGGUCCCAGCAACAGCGCAGCCAUGAGUUUCAUCGCAGACGAUGUGGAGAUCGACCCGGUCACCCUCAACCUCAUCAUCCUUAUCGCCAGCUAUGUCAUUCUCCUCCUGGUCUUCCUCAUCUCCUGCAUCCUCUACGACUGCCAGGGAAAAGACCCCUCCAAAGAGUACGCACCCGAUCCCAUGCCCAACAUCAACCCCACACCCAUACGGCUGGUGGUCAUGCAGAACUCGCCCGCCAACGGCCGGUGGGACCAGAACAAUAUGGUGGCCACAUACGAACCUCCAGGCGGAGAGAAAAAGAGCACUUUGGUCUGACAGCGUGAUGGACUGAUAACAGCAGACGGAUAAACUCUGCACGCACUUUUUUUCUAUUUACUGUACAUGCAAGCUACUUUACUUUUCGUUUUCUAUUUUGUGUAAUGCACCUUUUUUAACAAUAAAUCGUUAUUUGUAUCUUGGACUAAAAAUGUUGGGAUUGGAUU